GAGGAUACACGUGCCUACGUAGGAUCUCGCCGUUGUCGGUUGCGUUAGCGUGGUGGGCUACGCUGUAACAUGGCAGGAUACCGGGCGGUAUAUAUAAUCAGCUGAUUGCCAACGUCGGUACACUUCGUCUGAAGAAAUCAACUACAAUGAACACCUACGUUACUCUGGCUUGCCUGUUGGCCGUAGUCGCGACCGGCCACGGCUCAGCCUUGGGUUUGGGCGGAUAUGGUGGUUGGGGCGGAUAUGGUGGAUGGGGCGGAUACGGAGGAUAUGGCGGCUAUGGCGGAUGGGGAGGUGUUUUGGUAGGGCCAGCGAUUUCAACUCAAAACGUCAUCAAAGCAGCCCCUAUCCCCAUCAUCAAAGCAGCUCCUAUCCCCAUCAUCAAAAGCGUGGCUGUAUCUCCCAUCAUAACUGCCCCCAUCCUGAAGACCGUCCCCGUAUCCACCGUUGGAUGGGGUCUUAACAACGGCCUCGGCUAUGGUCUUAACGGAGGAUACGGCUGGGGCGGUCUCGGCUGGGGCGGAUACGGAUAUGGCAAGGGCGGAUAUGGAUGGGGCAAACUCUAAUUAUUAUAUCUUCAGACAAAAGCUAAUCAUCGCAAUUCGCAAUGCAGUCGUAUGUUCUUCGUUGAUCGGUACAUAACUGAAUAAAGCAUCCAUCUUUA